UUAACGCCGAAUUUUACGAAAGGGAAUCCAAUAGAAGUUCAGUGUCUUUUUCCGUAUCACCCGACGCUCGCUGAAGGGAGUUGUUUCUCUAAAGCGUUGUAUUUCCGCUCGACGAUCGGAUCGAGUCCAGGUUAAAACCAAAUACUUCUUUAUAAUAUUCCAGGGCUCGUGGAGUAAACAAACGUAAAGACGGCGAUUACCCGGAAGGCCUAGGUCUAUCGAGGGUCGUACCAGAGUUCACCCAGCCAUGUCCAAAGCUGGUCGGUCUAGCCGUUCAUCUUCAGCCGUGCCUGACCUAACUGACCAUCCUCGCAGUGAAGGCAUCCAUGUUUUCCUUUUCUUUACCCCUAAUGGCGAGCGCUUUUUGUCCCAUACAUCGGGAAUAAUCUCAGCAGAAGAGCUGUGUAUCACUGCUGCAGAAGAUGCAGGUAUCAGCCCACUGUAUCAUGUGUUGUUUGCGCUCUACGAUCCUAAAUCCAGCUGUUGGUACAGUCCAAACCAUGUUUUUAAUCCAGCGGAAACUGGCUGUCUUGUCCUCCACUAUCGUAUGAGGUUUCAUUUUCGGAAUUGGCAUGGGAUAGAUGAAAAUGAGCCAUGCGUAUCACGUUAUUCCAACAAAGUAGAACAUGGCGGCAUGUCUCUGUUUGAAUUCUCCGUACUGGAGUAUCUAUUCUCCCAGGCCAAAUAUGAAUUUGUGAAUGAAAUCGUUCAGAUCGAGGAGUUUCAGACAGAAGAUGAGCAGAAUACUUUUCAGAGUGAGAGUUUGGGGAUGGCCGUGCUCCACCUCCUGCACCACACCAUGAAGACUGACUGCUCCUUACAGAAGGUUGCAAAGAAGACAGGCUUUGAAAAGUGCAUCCCAAAAUCUUUUGCCAAACAAAUUUCCAAUGACAACUUCCUGACGAAAAUCCGCAUCAGAAGAGUGUUUACGCAGUUUGUGCAGGAGUUCCAUCAGACGAUGGACACGGGCCGGUUCAGCCCAGAGGAGACGAUAAACAAGUACAUGUACACCCUGGAGCGUUUGGCCCCCAGUUUCGGCACCGAGACGUUCGAUGUGUCGGACCUGAAAUUCGGACAGGUGGAGGAUGGAGGUGGCUCAAACAUCACCAAAGAUGAGGUCGGAGGCUUCAGAGCAACACAUGAAAUCAUGGUUUCUGGCAACAAGGGGAUUCAUUGGAGGCCCUCGUCCGGGCAGAAGCGUCGGACUAACGGCUAUGUCGGGAGCUUCAAGAAGAGAAACAAUGAUGAGUCUGAUGUGGCCCCGCCCCAUGCAUGGACCGUCUUCUGUGACUUCCCUCAGCUAACUCACGCCGUCAUCAAUGAAGCCAGUGUUCUUGUUUACACUGAAGAUAACAACUACAUGGAGGUUCAGAUGAGCUCCAGCCAGGAGGCCCGUUCCUUCAUCUCCCUUCUGGAUGGAUACUACCGGCUGACUGCGGACGCCCACCAUUAUCUUUGUCAUGAAGUGGCUCCCCCAAGGGUAGUGCUGAGUGAAGCAAAUAGACUGCACGGCCCUAUACAAGACACUUUCGUUCUACAGAAGAUGAAAAGGUCUGCAUCUGAGCGGGGAUCCUUCCUGGUGCGCUGGAGCGCUCACAAAUAUCGACUCCUCCUCAUCACGGUCCUCAACAAAAACGAGAACGGAUCCAUUUCAUGCCACAAGCAGUUUCGCAUCCACGUGGAUGGAGACACUUUUCGCCUGGAAAGCUGGGAGGGCCAGUUCUCCAGCAUCAAGGCGCUGACAGACAGUCUAAGUAACUCCGUCCUCAGGUCUGGUUCUGAAAGCUACACUGUGAGAAGAUGCAUCGUCCCACAACCAAGAGAACUCUCCAACCUUCUUGUGAUGAGGAACGGGCAUGAUCCUACAGCGGAAAUUCACAACAGCGCGAAGCAGGUCAGAUGUCAACAGAUCAAGUCUAAAGACAUAAAGCAGGGGGAGCAUUUGGGUCGUGGAACCAGAACUAACAUCUAUUCAGGAUACCUGCAUUACCACGGCAGUGAAGGCAUCGGUGGACGUGAUGAGUACAACAACAACUCAGCUGACAAGAGAAAGGUGGUUCUGAAGGUUCUGGAUCAAGGCCAUGAAAACAUUGCACUUUCGUUUCUCGAAACUGCGACUUUAAUGAACCAAGUGUCCCACAGACAUCUGGUGUUAGUACACGGUGUGGCUGUCAAAGAAUCCGAAGACAUCAUGGUGGAGGAGUUUGUGGAGUUCGGGCCGUUGGAUGUUUUCCUGCGGAAUGAAAAGGCGGCUGUGACUUCUCGAUGGAAGUUGAUCGUGGCGCAACAGCUAGCAAGUGCCCUGAAUUAUCUUGAGUCCAAGCAGGUGGUUCAUGGAAACGUGUGUGCCAAGAACAUUCUUCUGGCCAGGAGAGGACUGGAGCCUGGAACGUCCCCCUUCAUCAAGCUGAGUGACCCUGGAAUUCCUGUCAAUAAUCUCACCCGGAUAGAGCGUCUGGAGCGCAUUCCUUGGAUCGCUCCCGAGUGCAUCGACAGUGAGGCCUCCAUUAGCAGUUCUGCUGACCAGUGGAGCUUCGGUGUGACGCUGUUGGAGCUCUGCAACGAUGGCAAUCUGCCCAUGAGCAGCUGCACGUUGCUUGAGAAGGAGAGGUUCUAUCAGCAGAAGGGCCGCUUAACCAAGCCGUUGUCUCCUGAGCUGGCCGACUUCAUCAGCAUGUGUUUGACCUACGAACCCGAGGAGAGGCCCUCCUUCCUCUGCCUGCAGAGAAAACUCAAUGAAAUCAUGAAAAAAAAUCCUGACAUGACCCCCAGCGAAGCUGUCCCUGAUGCAGAUCCCAGUCUGUUUCACAAGCGCUACCUCAAGUUAGUGAAGGCCAUCGGCGAGGGUCAUUUUGGAAAGGUGACCCUCAACAUGUACGACCCAGCCAACAAUAAUAAAGGGGAGAUGGUGGCAGUGAAGUCGCUGAAACAGGAGAAUGGUCGGAUAUGUCAGGGCUGGUUGAAGGAGAUCGAGAUACUCAAGUCUCUCUACCACUGCAACAUUGUCAAGUACAAGGGCUACUGCGCAGAAAUGGGUGGACAAGUGGUGCAGUUGAUAAUGGAAUACCUCCCUCGGGGGAGCCUGCAGAAGUACCUUCAAAAGGAAAAACUGAGCGUGCCUCAGUGCUUGCUGUUUGCCCAGCAGAUUUGUGAGGGUAUGAACUACUUGCACUCGCAGAGGUACAUUCACCGGGAUCUUGCUGCCCGGAACGUCUUGGUGGAUGAAAGUGAAAAUUUGGUGAAGAUAGGGGACUUUGGGUUGAGCAAAUACAUCCCAGAAGGUGACGACUACUACCGGCAGCAUGGCGAAGGGGACAGUCCAGUGUACUGGUACGCCAUUGAGUGCCUGAAGUACAACAAAUUCUCUUUCCCCUCGGACAUCUGGUCCUUUGGUGUGACGCUGCAUGAGAUCAUGAACCGCUGCGACCCUCAACAGAGCCCCCCAGUUAUAUUCAGUAAAAUGUUGAAGGCUCCUUCGGGGCAAUUUAACAAUAUUGUCGAGCUCUUGGAGAGUGGGUGGCGGCUGCGUUGUCCCAGAGAUUGCCCGCAUGAGGCGAGGAUCAUGAUGGAGGAUUGCUGGGCAGCAGAUCCUGCAGCGCGGCCCUCCUUCCUAUCCCUGAAACAGAAGUUGGAGGACAUUCGGAAAACGUACGACUGGCAGAACAAUUUCAUUUUAAACAUACCUCCACUUCACUGAUCAGGAAUCUGCUGCAUGAAUCUUUUUACAAUGUCUUAGUUAGCAGGCAAACCCGAGCCAUAUUUUGUCCAUGGACUAACUUUUAUAAACAUUUAUUUUCAUCAUCAUGUAUUUUAAUGUGAAAAUGAUCUUAUUUAGUAUUUACUUUAAGAGUUUACUAUCAUCUGGAAAUAAGGGAGUCUUUCAAUACUCAUUUAGAAUCAUUCUGAGUAACGAUAUUAAACUGUGCUGCUUUAUUUGUAUUAUUUCUAUAUGAAUUACAUUUGAUUCCAGUUUUGCAUUUAUAACCAUGUAAUA